CAUAACUCAGAAGCCAUUUUGUGACGAUGUCCCCGUUGAGAAAGCCUAUGAAGAUGCUGAAACCAACGAACAUGGUUACAUUUCUGUCUGUUUCUCCCUCCGUCUCCUCUGUCUCACCAUGGCAGCUGUCAACCGACGGGACAUUAGCAAAGCGGGGUGUCGAGCUGUGCUCACAGGGUUAAAACGCCAUUGAUAUGAAAGAGGAGAAUGUCUGUUUUUACUGUCUCUGUCGAGACAUGUAACACCGUGAGUCUUUUCCAGCCUGAAAUCUUCCAGCAUCUCUCACAGACCAACGUCUCCUUGAGUGACUUGUGUUAACUCACUCUUGUACGGGGGAGAAGGGAGGCAGAUCCGUGUUUCCAAUGGCUUCUGUGAGCCUGGUUUCCAGUCCCCCAGCCCCUGUUCUUGACAAAAACAUGACAGACUCUGAGCUUGCAGGGGAUGAAAGGGAGGACGGAGAACUGGAAGAUGGAGAAAUAGACGACGAGGGGAUUGAAAUUGAAGAGGAGAACAAAGAGGCUGCUGAGCCGAAGGAAGAAAGCGAGAAAGAGAAGGAAAAAGUGAAAGAAAAAAGCAAAGAAAAAGAUGAUAAGGCACGCAGACACUCGAGGAAAAGAUAUAAGAAGAUCAAAGAGAAGAGGCGGUCUAAAAGACGGAGGCGAGACAGACAGAGGCAUCAUUCCCCCUCCAGCAGCUCCAGUUCUGACAGCUACGACUCCGACUACGACCGACCCGAAAGGCCCAUAAACAGGAAGAGUCAGGGAUAUGGUCGUGCGUCUGACGUCCAGUCCUCUCAGCACUCGAAGAAAAUCCACGGCGGCUUCAGAAAGUUGUCGCCGCAGAAGAGCAGCGAUUUUGACAAAUACAGCGACGACUACAGCGACGACAAGUACGACUACGAUGAAGAGGAGGACGAUUACGAAGACGACAUGUCUGAGUAUCAACCACCCAAAGACUCCAGUCAGGGGAAAGGACGCCACUCCAAAGACCAGAUGAUCCGAGGAAGCAUGAGAGGGAUGAAGCAUCAACAGUUUGGACUGAGAGGACGGGGCCGAGGUAAUGGACCAGGAAGAGGACGUGGGAUGCUCAACAAGAUCAAGAAGUUUAAAGGCAAACCCUGGGUGGUGGGACGUGGGCGGGGUCGAGGAGGAGACGGAGGUGAAGACAUGGGACAAGAUGGAAAAAUCUCUGGCUUUCAGAAGAAACGGCCAAUUAUGAGCAAGGAGUUCAUCAACCAGCAUACCGUAGAACACAAUGGAAGAUACAUCUGCAAGUACUUCUUGGAGGGUCGCUGCAUUAAGGGAGAACAAUGCAAAUUUGAACACGAACUCGUGAUACCUGAUAAGAAAAAGGAACUUUGUAAGUUUUACCUUCAAGGAUACUGCAGCAAAGGAGAUCACUGCAUUUACAUGCACAAUGAAUACCCCUGCAAGUUCUUUCACACUGGAGCCAAAUGUUAUCAAGGAGACAACUGCAAGUUCUCCCAUGAUGCUUUGAAUGAUGUGACGAAAGAGCUGCUUGAAAAGAUAAUCAACACCGAGGAGGAGAAUGCCCGUGAGGAUGAGUUAGAGCUGGAGGAUUUGAGAAAACAGGGUAUUGCCCCUCUUCCCAAACCUCCACCUGGAGUGGGGUUGCUGCCUACUCCUGGUCAGAGCAGCCCGACAGAUGGAAACAAGAAGAUUCCCUCUCUGUUUGAAAUCAAGGUUCAACCUACUGUGGAUUUGGUACAAAAAAUUGCUCAGAGUGGCACCAGCUACUCACAGAAUGAAGGUGAUGGAACGGAGCAGUUUAGCGGAGAUGCAGAGGAUGCACAGAUCGGAUCCACCGCACCCUCAGCUCCACCUCCAAUUCCUCCUCCUGAAUCCCCUGUUCUUAUGGGACCACCCAUGCAGCAGAGUCCCGCAGGACAGCACCCACUUCAUGGAUAUCAAAUGCAGCCACCAGCUCCCUCUGGUCCACCCCCACCUUUUCACAUACCCAUCAGCCAACAGAUGAACAUGCAGAGGCCUCCAUUCCCUCCAGAUCUGCAUAUGUUGCAAAAUAUGUUGCCUUUUCAGUCUAUGAGUCAGAACCCAGCGGAGUUCUUUAGCAGCUUUGUACAAAAUCAGGCCGUCAGUCAACAGGGAGAUCCUGCUCUGGCCUUUGUGCAGAACCUCCAGCAGCAGUUGGGCGCAGAGUCACAGUUAAAGUCUUUGCCAGCAGAAGUGCAGAAAGCCAUCUUCCUGCACCUAACGCAGCAGCAGCAGCAGCAAGAACCACAGGGGAAAGAGUCGCGCAGUGCAGAGGACCACGAUGAUCAUGAAAAUAAAGAUGAAACUACAAACUGGUACUCAAGUGAUGAGGAGGAUGGGAGCUCCUGUGUUUCCUCCAUUCUCAAGUCUCUGAAGAAACACAGUGAAAUGCAGAAGAGUCAGUCCAAGCCCCUCCAGGUUGUGCCGGGGGCUCCAGCACUGAGCGACCCUCGGCUUCUUAAGUCACCGCCAUGUGACCCGCGAAUGAAGCCGGACCCUAGACAGCGACUCUCAGAUGUCGGCAAGGAGUCGGACGGAGCUGCAGAUCCACGGUUCUCCAGAGACCCCAGGAAGUUGAGACCGGCUGAAUCUGGUUCCUAUCGCCUGCCGAACCAUCCUGUUCCACAAAAGCCUCCAACAGGCGAGGAGGAGGAUGAAGGGGAGCGGGAGCUCAGGGACAGAACUGUACUUAUCCCGUUAGAUGCCAGCCCCGGGGCGGUGCUGCGGGACCCUCGUUGUCAGUUAAAGCAGUUCAGUCACAUCCGGGUGGACAUCCUCCUCCAGAGGCCCUCCUUCGCUCAGACUGUGGUUUGGGCGCCUGAGGAUCUUAUUCCUUCCCUUAUCCCCAAACAGGAGCACUCCAUUAACCUGCCUCUUCCACCCCUUAUUGCCGACGCUCAGAUGAACCGAACAAACCUGCCCGACCACGUAGCGGUUUCCAGCCCUCCACCGUCAGACCCCAGACUCGCAGCGGCCCGUUUGAAGGAGCGUUUGAACCGUUUCCCUGCUGGAUCCUUGGAGUCUCGAUCCCCAACGGAAAGACCGGUAGAUCCACGCCAGCAAAAAUCUCUUGACCCCAGACUGAAACGUAGAGGGAGUCUGGACUCCAAGCUGCUGGGUCAGAAAGAGCCCUCAUCAGGUGGACCGGUGGACCCCAGACUACAGAAAGCCAGCGCCAGCUCCUCCCCUCGAGGAAAACCAGAACCCGAGAAGCUGCCGCCAUACGCCCCCCGACUGGCUUCUUCUGAUGGAGGUCUGGAGAGCCCUACUACGAUACUCGGGGGCAUCAGUCUGUACGAUCCUCGCUCUCAAACUGAGCAUGCUCAGAAGGAGCAGGGGGAGCCUCCUAAAAAGGCGGGGAUUCUGAAACAGCCGUCUAAAAGUGAGAACGCUCCCGCAGCGUCACUUUCACCCAUCAAGCAAAGUGCUUCUUUUGAUGAGGCCACAAGCACAGAGGUCUCCUCACAUCAGGCUUCUCCUCCUGCUUCUCCCACAGUGCCCCCCGCCUCACCUGUCAAACCCCCCGCUGUUCAUAAUCUCCCCAUCCCAGCGCUGGCUGGACUGAUCCGGCCUCAGUACUCCGACCCCAGGCAGGCCAAGCAAGGAGGACAAGGCUCUGCUGGAGCACAGGAGGAAAUGGAGGUCAAACAGGAGCCGGACAGAGAGAUGGAAGAAGAGGAGGAAGUAAAGGAGGAAGAAGCAAAACAGAAAGAUCUAGAGGAGGCAGACCGGACACUUAAAGACGUAUUCAAGACUUUUGACCCCACUGCGUCUCCUUUCUGUCAGUAAACGCUUCAGAGGAAACAAAAACUAAACGUGGAGUUUGUAAACUGUUGGAACCUGUUCAGUAAUUUAACAUUUUAUGCUUUUAUUUAUUUCUGUACAUAAUCCUGUAUAGGUCAUCAAACCACACUUUUGUCAGUUUGCAGAUUAUUGUGAGGGA